ACGAACGUGCACCGUUGCUAGGAGAUGACUUGAUACGAGAAGAAUGUAGAAGACUCUUCAGGUCUGAGUGCGAUGAAAUUAUAAAACUCAAGAAAAACUACAAGAAUUUAAGAAAAAUGUUCAUAAUUCUAGCGUUUCUAUGCAUCGUGUUGAUCAUUUGUGUCAUUUCUGUUCUGCCAGUUAUUUUGGUUUCGUUUAAAAUGGGAAACAGUCCAGAUACGAAUGAUAAAUCCUCCGGUACAUUAUCGACCAUGGCGAUGGAAGAGGCCUUUAAAAACUUUAUGUUCAGGGAACUUCGUUCACAAAUAGCUAAAGGAAUAAUACGAAAACACAUUUUCUGUGAUAAGUGUCAGGCAAAAGGAAGAAAUUCAUACGAUAGGAAAGGUUUUGGUGACCCAGACGAAUUGGAAUGUUGUCAGGAGAAUGUAUUUGAUGACUUCACAACGUUCAAAGACACAUUUACAGAGAAAUUGCAAUCAUACUUCAAGGAUAUUCAAGACCUUGGCAACAGGAUUUUUAAGUUGGAAGAUGAAGUUAUUCGACUUCAACAUAACGGCAAUAAGUCAGAGGGAAACAUUACUUCAACAUCGCCGCCAGAUAUUUUUGGGAGAACAAUUUUGCAAAACCGUGUUGCCCUGAAUAACAACCUAUUGAAUCAAUUGCUAAGCCAGAAACGUUCUUCUAUGCAACUAAAAGGGACAGCAAAAUCCAAUGCUAUUGAAUGGCAAGAAGAUAUAACAAAUGGUGACAUCUUUUCCACAAACAACAACGGGUUGCACGUUCAAAGUGGAGGAACAUAUUAUUUGUACACAAAUAUACAGUUCAAGAAAAAUAAUUGCACGGAUGGCGAGGUUUUUGAAUAUAGGAUAUUUAAAAACAGAGACGGAUACAAGAGAAUCAUAGCUCAUGUCAAACAGACCUGCAUUGGUUUCCCGAACUCCUUUGCGAUAUCCUUGAAUUUUCAGAAGGUCGUAGAUGUACGUCAAGGGGAAUCAUUUUCUAUGACCGUAUCAUCACAUUCUUUGUCCUUAGACCCAUGGACUCAUGUUUUUGGUCUUAUUGAAAUUUGAGUUGGGGGGGGGGGGGGGAGUGUUAUUGCUCAACGGCCAAAAUUCAUAGUCAUUCAUUUAUGAAGUCAUUCAUUUAUAUAUUCUUCAUUUAUAAAUGCAUUCAUCUUUAUAAAUAUUCAUAAACUGAUUAAUUAUUUUGUAAAAUAAUAUGCAAAAUAUGUAAAAUAUUGUUAUAAAAAUGGCAGACUAUUUUAACUAGAAAAGUAAAAGAUCUCAUUUACUAUAUAUAUGUGUGUGUAUCUUUUUGUUAAUUAUGUAUUUAUUCCUUGAUGCAAGUUCAUCAAAAAGAGUAUUUUUAUAAUCUUUAUAGAAGAUGUUAAAGUUCGUGAAUAUCUCGUCUGUGGUCUAGAUCUAUAUUUUUAUAAUUGAAUUAAAGAAAAUUCUUAAUAAAUGUUUAAAAAUUGCAACAUUGAUUA